CUACACAAUCUAUAUACUUUUGAAUGGCCGUCAUUACUAGCAGGAGCAUUCGAGAAAAUUCGUAUAUUUUAUUAUGUUCAGGUUCUGAUUUCGGAGACCUCUAUACAUUCUUGAGCAAAAUUUUUCAUAGACAACAUAGACACACACAGACAACAGUUGCGACAGGAUUAGCAGCCAUGGCCCGUUAUCUAGCGCAGAUCAUAAUCCUGGGCGCCCAGACGGUCGGUCGGGCCUUCAUUAAGACCCUGAGGCAGGAGAUUGAGGCCUCGCGGGAGGCGGCCCGCAUCCACCAGGCCAGCAGAUCGAACGUCAGCCGUGGCAACGAUGUCGCCGUUAAGGGCAUGACCCUACUGGAGGCCCAGCAGAUCCUCAAUGUCAAGGGCCUGGAGGACCGCCAGGAGAUCGAGACGCACUACAAGCAUCUGUUCCAGGCCAACGAGAAGCCGGCGGGCGGAUCCUUCUACAUUCAGUCCAAGGUCUAUCGGGCCAAGGAGCGCAUCGACCAGGAACUAACCAAGCAGUCCCACCCGCAGGAUAGCCAGGCCAGACAGGGCCAUCAGGCCCAUCCGGAUAGUGCAUCCGGGGCCCAGGCCGACGAGUCGGGUCAAAACAAAAGCCGGUGACCAUUCCCGGCUGAAUCCCAGCGGCCCGGCGCCGGCCCAGUUGGUGGCGUGGAGUCGAUCCUGUCCCGUUGUGUUCACCCCAAAACCCAUUUCGAAGUGCUAGUCCAAGUGCCCCAUCAUUAAAUUGUCGAAUACCCAUCUUGAAAGUCCCUAAAGCAUAAUGCGUGAAAAAAAUGCUUAAAAUUGUA